AUGUUUCAAGCUCCUAGGAAGCUAUUAAUUUUUUUAAAAUUACAAGAUAAUUUCGACGCUAUAGGCUCUAUUGUGCUAUCUAUUACGGGAUCCGAAGCCAUUUUUGCCAGUGUCGGUCAUUUCACUCCUCUUUCAAUGCAAUUGAUGCCAAGACUAUUUGUUUAUCCAUAUCUUCUGUUAACCUAUUUGGGUCAAGCAUCGUAUUUAUUGGAUCACCCUCUCAAAGUGGCAAACGUUUUGUUUAGUAGUAUCCCAGGAGGGCCAUCUGGAAAAAUCUAUUGGUAUGUUCUUGUGUUAUCAACGCUUGCGACUAUCAUAACACCACAGGUCCUAAUAUCGGGAUGCUUUUUGAUCACAGGCCAGAUGAUGAAGAUCGAAUUUCUUCCACAUUUUAAAAUUCAUCACAAGCCCGCAAAUAAUAAAGGACAAAUCUUCGUUCUGACAAUAUUUUUUUUAAAAAUUGCAGUUAUAUGCACUUGUGACGGCUUCAAAUCUUCAACCAAUGUUGCAGCGGCUUCUGAGUUAGGUAUUUUGACGAGUUGUUUAUUACUUCUAUUCUUAUUUUUGCGGCAACGAUCAUCGUUCACAAGCUUCAUUGGGUUAUUGUGA